AAAAUCUUUGAUGGAAGGCUAGAAGAAGCAUCUCCAAACUUCCUACUCCCAUUUGGUUUAGAGCACUUUAAAUACAAGAAGACAACAACCUACGAAUUUAGGAGGAGGGAACAACAAAGAACAAACAGAAGCACUUCUUCCUGUUCUGUCUUUGCAGCGCUCAAAACAUCAACCAGCUCUGGGUUUUGGCUGAAGAUGGACACCGGCGGCAACUCUUUAGCAUCGGGUCCAGACGGAGUGAAGAGAAAGGUGAGUUAUUUCUACGACCCAGAAGUGGGAAAUUACUAUUAUGGCCAAGGGCACCCGAUGAAGCCUCACCGGAUUCGCAUGACCCAUGCCCUUCUCGCCCACUACGGUCUUCUGCAACAUAUGCAGGUCCUCAAACCCUACCCGGCCCGAGACCGGGACCUCUGCCGCUUCCACGCCGACGAUUACGUUUCGUUUCUCCGAAACAUCACCCCCGAAACGCAGCAGGACCAGCUGAGGCAACUCAAGCGGUUCAAUGUGGGUGAGGACUGCCCCGUCUUUGAUGGGUUGUAUUCGUUUUGCCAGACUUACGCUGGUGGCUCUGUUGGUGGUGCUGUGAAACUCAACCAUGGCUUCUGUGACAUUUCUAUCAAUUGGGCUGGUGGUUUGCACCAUGCUAAGAAGUGUGAGGCUUCUGGGUUUUGCUAUGUCAAUGAUAUUGUGCUUGCAAUCUUGGAGCUUCUUAAGCUGCAUGAGCGUGUUUUGUAUGUGGACAUUGAUAUUCACCAUGGAGAUGGUGUUGAAGAGGCGUUUUACACGACGGACAGGGUCAUGACGGUUUCAUUUCAUAAGUUUGGGGAUUAUUUCCCAGGCACAGGAGACAUUCGCGAUAUUGGGUACGGAAAAGGGAAGUAUUACUCCCUUAAUGUUCCGUUGGACGAUGGGAUUGAUGAUGAGAGCUACCAUUACUUGUUCAAGCCCAUCAUUGGGAAGGUGAUGGAAAUUUUUAGGCCUGGUGCUGUUGUUCUCCAGUGUGGUGCUGAUUCUUUAUCCGGGGACAGGCUUGGCUGCUUCAACCUUUCCAUCAAAGGUCAUGCCGAGUGUGUUAGAUAUAUGAGAUCCUUCAAUGUCCCACUCUUGCUUCUAGGUGGCGGUGGGUAUACUAUUCGGAACGUUGCUCGUUGCUGGUGCUACGAGACGGGAGUUGCACUUGGAGCAGAAAUUGAGGACAAAAUGCCACAGCAUGAAUAUUAUGAGUAUUUUGGCCCAGAUUAUACUCUUCAUGUUGCCCCUAGUAACAUGGAAAAUAAGAAUUCUCAUGUGUUACUGGAAGAAAUACGGUCUAAGCUUCUUGAAAACCUCUCCAGGCUUCAGCAUGCACCCAGUGUCCAAUUUCAUGAAAGACCUCCUGAUACUGAGCUUCCAGAGGCGGAUGACGAUCAGGAUGACGGAGACGAAAGGUGGGAUGCGGAUUCUGAUAUGGAUGUUGAUGAUGAACGUAAGCCGUUAUCAAGCAGAGUAAAGAAAGAGAUCGUUGAAACUGAGGUUAAGGAUCCGAAAGGAAGCACAGAGAAUGCUAGAGGCUCAGGCUAUGAUCCAGCAGUAGAAGAGAUUACAACAGGCGCAAAGGCUUUGGAUAUGGGCUCUGGGUCUGCGGAUGAACCGAGUGUGAAGGUUGAACAAGAGACUCUGAAUAAGCCUGCUGAUCAGAUAUAAACGUUAUCAUGACCAAUUUUCUUUUUUUGGUCAAUUAUCAUGAGCAAAGUCAUUCUAACUUUAGGCUUGAUUUAUGGAUGAGUCCAGAUUAGGGUAGCAAUUGGAAAUGAACUUGUAUCCAAAUUUGGCCUCUUGUACUUGUAGAUGCAUUUUUAAAUAUUGAAUUGAGAGGAAGGCAUGGAACAGCAAUCGUAUUAUUGUACCAUAAAACCAUAUUUAUGUCAAGAAAUGCCAUUUCAAUUACCUUUA